AUGUGGUAUCUCCUUACAGGUUCUGAUGUUGUCUUCUUCUCCACUCCUCCUUUCCAUGAAGGUUCUCUUUGCGAGCCUCUGGCUGUAGCUCUCGCAGGCAUCAAGCGUGUUGGUCUCCACCUUGGUGACCCCACUUUGAUCUGGUGUAACCGCCUCGACUUUGCAAAGAAGCUCGUUCCUGGUGUGUGUACAGUACUGAUCGAGUGUGAUUUGACGCCAAAGGACGUGACCCAAAAGAUCAAAGCUGCCGCUAAUGGCCCUGAGGUUGCGAUUGAGUGCAGCAGUGUGAAGAGCAGUGUGCAUACUGCAGUACAUGUAACACAAUUUGGUGGAAAGGUGUUCAUCAUUGGCGUCGGCAAGAACGAACAAGUGUUCCCGUUCAUGCACCUGAGUGCCAAUGAGAUAGAUGUUAGUUUCCAAUACAGAUAUGCUAACCAGUACCCUAAAGCUAUACGCCUUGUCGCUGGCGGUCUGAUCAACUUGAAGCCUCUGAGGGGCCGGCGCCGCCCCCGCCUGGUUAGGCAUCGAUUUAAACUGAAGGAUGCUGUCUCUGCCUUCCGUGUCACUGCAGACCCUUCUCAAGGUGCGAUCAAGGUGCAAAUUCAAGACUAGAAC